UAAAAAAUGGGAGGGCACACUUGAACCGAGCUGCUCUAUGAAGGUAGGCUGCAGCGUGUGUUUAUUGAUGAGAUGAAAAGAAGAUGGAAGUGAGAAAUGAAACAAAGUAAGGGAACAUAUUAAAAGAAGAAGGAAAAAAAAGACAUCAACUCAGCGCGCUUCGUCAGGGGGGGGAACGCCGUGGAAACGCUGUCGCCACUUUUUUUUUCUUCUUGUGAACGAGCUUCGAAGUGCAGAGCAACACAUGAUUUGGACAGAGAGGACUGACAGCCUUGCCUAGCACCAGGCCUCUGAUCAGCCAUCUCCACCAGCAAACUGAAGCUUGACCCGCACUUCAUCACCAGCCACACAAGCAUCUUCGUAACAAAACGUCAUCUAACUGUGACAUCAGUUGCAAGGGGAUGACCGAGCGCAUUCAUAACAUCAAUCUCCACAACUUCAGCAAUUCUGUACUUGAGACCCUCAAUGAGCAGCGCAACCGUGGGCACUUCUGUGACGUGACUGUUCGGAUCCAUGGAAGUAUGCUGCGAGCUCACCGGUGCGUGCUGGCUGCUGGAAGCCCCUUCUUUCAGGACAAGCUGCUCUUGGGCUACAGCGACAUUGAGAUCCCUUCUGUGGUCUCGGUACAAUCCAUCCAAAAGCUGAUAGACUUUAUGUACAGUGGGAUUCUGCGAGUGUCUCAAUCAGAGGCUCUGCAGAUCCUCACUGCUGCCAGCAUCCUUCAGAUUAAGACCGUCAUUGAUGAGUGCACACGGAUCGUGUCCCAGAACGUGGGCCUGGCUGGGCCAGGGGGGUUCCCUGUUAUACCGGGAGAUUCUGGUCAGGAAACACCCCGCGGCACUCCAGAGUCUGGCACCUCUGGGCCCAGCAGUGACGCAGAGUCAGGUUAUAUGCAAGCAACAUCACAGCAAAACGUGGAUCGUGCAUACACAUCUCUGUACUCCUACCCUGGCCUGUCUCUGCAGAACGGCACCCGCGAGCGCUCCCUUUACAUUAACCCUCUGUCGACGAAUUACGAUCCAAAUCUUAGCACUCAGAAGGACCAGCAAUCUCAAGAUCCGCCCUGGAUGAACCGCAUCCAGGAAAGAUCUCAGCAGGUUGAUCGCUUCAUCUCCACAGCCGAGUCCACUCACUGCCGCAAGCAACCACGACCGGUACGCAUACAAACAGGAGGCGUGAAAGUAAAGCAGGAAGAGGAUGAUGAGUACAGCUGCUAUGAAACUAUGGGGGACUGCCAGGACGACACUGACCAGAUUGAGGGUGUAGAGAGUGAAUCCAAGGUUGAAAGUUUUGACUCAGGGGUGAGCUCCUCCAUUAGUACUGAGCCAGAUACAAUGGAGCAGCAGCCAUACCUGACUGGCUUUAGCCGAGACGGUGGCGGGGAUGGGCAGCAAGGGGAAGGAGUUCCAGUGCAGAUAGAGGUCAAUGACUCGUCCCCAGAGCAAGUGCAAAAGACAGAGGACGGGGACACAUCCCACAGCACUAGUGAUAGUAGCAUGAUGCAGUCCCUGCAAAACUCAGUCAAACUCAGCCCUUUGUCCCAGUACAUGCGCCAGCCAGACACCAGCAAUCUAAGGAUGCCGCUCACCGUGACCAGCAAUUCCCAAGUGAUGGGCACUGCUGGAAGCACCUUCCUGCCCACACUCUUUCCUACACAGCCGGCUAGAGACCACAAGCCUUUCCUUUACCUUCCUGGCCAGCAGCAACCCCAGUUUGUGGCAGUGCCGCCCCCCGCAAUGCCAUCAUUCCCCAACCCUAUUUCGGUACCGCAAACGCCAGCUCAGCAGCAACAGGCUGCAGGAGGAAUUGGUCAGGGGGAAAAGAAGCCCUAUGAAUGCACUCUCUGCAGUAAAACCUUUACUGCCAAACAGAACUACGUCAAACACAUGUUUGUCCAUACUGGUGAGAAGCCUCAUCAAUGCAGCAUCUGCUGGCGCUCUUUCUCCCUGAAGGAUUACUUAAUAAAACAUAUGGUGACACACACGGGGGUGCGGGCCUACCAGUGCAGCAUCUGCAACAAGCGCUUCACCCAGAAGAGCUCUCUCAACGUCCACAUGCGGCUGCACCGUGGAGAGAAGUCCUAUGAGUGCUACAUCUGCAAGAAGAAGUUCUCACACAAGACCCUGCUGGAGAGGCACAUGGCCCUGCACAGCACAGCCAGCGCCAUCACUGGGCUGUCAGGGAGUGCAGUUACCCCGGGUCCUGUCUCCAUUCCCAUGCCUAUGGCUGUCCCUGAGCCCGGAGCUGGGGUGGUUGCCCUCGCCAUGCCAGUAAGUGGAGGUGCUGGAGUAGGGGCUGGGGUUGGAACAGGAGUGGGUGUAGCUGCAGAAGCGAGCUGCCAAGAAGGGACCACCUACGUAUGCUCCGUCUGCCCUGCCAAGUUUGACCAAAUGGAGCACUUCAAUGACCACAUGCGAAUGCAUGUCUCCGAUGGAUAAGUACAACUAGAUAAACUUCUUUCAAAAAGAAUGACAAAUAAAAUGGCACUAGAUUUUCCUUUUCUUAUUUUGAGGUAUGAAGAGUAAUGAGUAUAGACACUGGCACAUUAAGUUUCCCAAAAAAAAAGAUUUUUUUUUUCUGUUAUUCUAAAAGAAAAAAAAAGAUGGUGGCCUUAAGGCUUAGUAGUUUGAUAUUGAUCUACUGGAUGGAUCCUAACUACAGGCCUCUAAAUGUAUGCUUUCCUAAAAUACUGAUUUAUGUGUUGAACACUACCGAAAGGCCUACGAAAGAAACACAUACACACAAACACACCUUUUGUGUCGACAUGUCUGAAUGAAUAUACAUGUUUGAACGUUCGUGCAUUUGCCUGUCUGUUUAUCCAAGUGUGUGCGUGUGUGUGCGUUAUCGUGUGUGUGUGUGUAUGUGUGUGUGUGUGUGUACAUUGCCAUGAAAUAUAUAUCAUGGCAGUUGUGAACCCAUAUUGACCAGUUUGGAAACUUUAGAUGUCCAAGCUUACUGUGGUAUAAUUUACAACAACAAUAAUAAGAAAAAAAAAAACACCUGGGGUUGGGCUACAUAUUCCCUCUAAAAAUACUGAUGGUCACAAGAUUGCCUUCUUAUAUGAAAUAAAAAAAAAAGGAGAGUAGUUAAUUUGACACUGGGUUUUAUUUAUUCCUAUUGUAUUAAGGGAUUAUAAUGCAGCCAUUGUCAAGGUACCAAUUUCAAUCAUUGUCCUGAAAUGUAACACCCUCGUCAGCGGUGACGGGGGCAGAUAUUUCUCACAUGCUUUAUAAUUAUUGUCCAUGCAUUCUGAUGGUAAAGAUGACUAAAUUACGGUGUGUUGAUGAGACAGUAUUUGAGCAAAAAUCUGUUUCUUUUUUUCUGAAGUUUGGAGUUUAACUCAUUUGCAUACACUGCCACUAAUAUCUUCAAAAGACUGUUAAGGCUAUUAGACCUCUUCCAUGUCAAAACAUAAGAAAAAAAGAAAGAUUGUUUUUGCUGACGGUUUUUAUUUAGCCUUUCACGCUCAUAGUUUUGGCAGGUUGGAAUAUGCGACUAAACUCUCUCCUUCAUAAUUGCUGCUCCUCAACUUGCACCUGACUGUUAUGGGAUAUAGAUUAAAAAACAAACAAACAAAGAUUUGUCACUUCAACUAUCGUUGUUAUUGAGUAGCCGAUGUGGUUUUAAUUUGAUAAUUGAAUUUGAAUAUCGGGGAGGGGUUAGGCUAGUUGUUGAUUGAAACAGUGUUGUUUAGGAGUGGAUCAUUUAAUUUGAAUCAAAUUUGAAAUUAAAGGAAACGUCACCCCUGAUCACAGAGCACCUGUAUAACCUGUUUAAUGGUAUUGCAAAGCUAUUUCAGCAGAUGGGAGCUAAAUGCAUUGCUUUUCAUGUCCUAGCUCUCCCUGAAGGCUCAAAUAGCGUGCAGUGUUUUGAAAGGAAAUACAGUCUGAAAGCAAAACAAGUAGCUCCACUGACUGAUUGCUAUCACACUGUUUCAUGGUAUACCACAAGUUGCAAAUGGACUUUGUAGACAAUAGCAUACAUUCCUAAUUUUUCUAAAACCUAGACACAGCAUGUACAGAAUAGAUUUGGAAGCUAGUGUGUGCAAGUUGUCAUCCCUGCAUCACAUCACUUAAGGCUCAUUUCUGAUAUUUCAAUUCUUUUUUUUUGUUUUUAUUGCUUUUUAUCCAAAAUAGGACACACACAGACACACACACACAUACACUCGGACACACACACACACACACACACGCACACACAGACGCACGCACGCAACUGCCUGCAACUGCAAUCUGAAGGAUUUGCUCAUUUAUGUGAGCAAACGCUUUCGUAGUUGUAUUAUUAAAAGAAUAACUAACUGCAUACGGGGGUCUUAAAAAGACUCGCUGUCGAUUUUUUUAAAAAAAAAGUGCUACUUUGCACAUUUUCUUAAAAUGCCUGUGCUUGAUAUUUAAUCAUUUUCCUUAAAUGAACUAUGAUUUUCUUUUAUUCAAUUUCAAAGGAAAAAAAAAACAACUUUUUUUUUUAAAAAAUCUUGAUAAGUGGACUGCAUUAUUUUCUUGCAUAUAUGUUGCACUGCUUAAACCAAUAAGUGCACUACUGUUAACAGAGAUAUUAUAGUUUUAGAAAAGAGGAUUUUUUUUCUUUAAAUCUAACAUUUGGUUGUAGAGUUCACAUGUAAUAGAAUAGCUUUGUUUCAAUUUCUUCAUUAAGUACUUCAGCGAUUCUUGGCUUUUGUUAUUGCUUGCAGUUACCUACAGUAUAUAUACUUGUGCCGUGUUAAUGCAAGCACCUGUUUUUAUUUAAACCUGUACCAUUAUGUGUGCUCAUCUAUGUUUUAACCUUUGAAUUCACUCUUCUAUGGAGUCAGCUCCCUGUAACAGUUUUAUUCAACUGCAUUUCUUUAGUAACAGAGCAGAAUUUUCCUAUGAGAAACAUCCAAGCCAAACAACAUUAACAGUGCAACAACGACAGUAAUAAUAAACAAACUCCCGUCCGACGCUGUUGGCGGAGGUAAAAAAUAAUAAUAACUAUUAUUAUAUUAUUAAUAAUAAAACAUUUAUAAAGUGUGUGUGUGUAACAUAAAUGGUAUGUGUCCUAGAACAACUUUUUUCUGUGGGGUUUAAAGGUGUAGGGGAGGUGAUGGAAUGCGGCUUCUUUGAUAUCUGUCCGUCAGUCGUACACAGUUGUGUCCCUUCCUUAGUGUCCGUAUGUCUGUGAGUGUCUGUGUGUGGUAUAUAGCCUAAUCAAAAUGUUGAUAAGUGGAAUAUCUGAACUGUAGGGCUUCCUUUGCAAUAUGCAGCGCAGGUACUAUGAGAAGCAGCUCUCCAAACCUUUUGGGCUAAUAAGGCACCUGUAACAGUUGUUCGGAGGAUUUUACUCAAGCUUAGGUCAAGUACUGUUGACUUCACUGUACCAGAUUGGAGAAGUUGUGUCAAGCAUUUUUGAUGCUAAAUUUCAUAUAAUUGCUACUAGAUUUCACAUCACUGCCGAGUCGGUUUCAGAUGAAGUCAAGUGACGAACACGUGAGACCCGGUGAUGUCGGGAUUCUGGAUUCUCCUGGUCUGAAACUGAAAUAAAAAAAAUUAUAAAAAAAAUCGGCCACACUUUAGAAAUACACUGAAAAGCCGUGAGGUUAGUCCUCAGUAAAAGUAGCACAUUAUUUAACAUUUGAUUGGGCCCGUCUCUUACGGUGUGCAUAUAAGCCUAAACUACAUGGUUCCUGUUUGUAGCUGUUGUUGCCAGGAUGGCAAUAUUGCUGCAUGCUAGUGCUAUAUUUGUCUCUACACAGCACGUGGAGGGUAAUCUCAUGCCUUAACAGACAAUGCACUAAAUAGAAAUAUGUAAGCAACUGCCGAGAUCUCUUUCCAACAGUAUUGCCACACGUAUGGCGCACAGCUCAUGAUGUUGGUGUUUGUUGUCUGUUCAGUACCAAAUAAACACUGCCAAACUAACAUCAUCACUUCUUUAACAGCAAAGGCAGAGACAUUAAUGAAAUCGUUUCAGUGUAACGUGUGUAUUCAGUAAUCUAGCAUUCCUUCAUGGCACCGAAAUUUUUACAUAUUUUGUGUAAACACGUAUAUCAAAUGCACUAUUGACUGUAGCUAGAUGAGUACAACCAGCUUUGUGGUAUCAUUGGUCUAAAUAGUAGGUUAAGUAGCUUGAUGUUGGUUUUCUUUUCCUUUUCUCCUCCAAAUAUUUGAUUUCACAAGUUCACUAUCAAUCGUUUCUCUCUAUCACUUCUUUUGGAAUAACAAAAGUAGCCAAUCUCAACGUUAUCUGGAUGAGGGCUAAAUAACUCGUCCCGUCGUCAGUUGACUUCUUGUAUCAUAAGGUGUUUGAUAGCAGACCAGGCUCGGAAGGGGAAGCACCUUCUCUCCAGUGUGUUAUAACGUGCUUAGAGCAUACCCAGGCUUCCUCCCCCUCUGUCCCCUGUCGCAUUAGCAUCACACGCUCUUCACUGUCCAUAGCUAUAUAUUCCUUAUACUGCUUCAGAUACUCGUGGUGGUGCUUAAUUCUCUUUUCUCAGUGUUGCAAAAAAAAAAAAAACCCCAAAAAACCCCAAGUCAAAAAUUGUUGAAAAGUUGCAACAUUAUCCAGAAAAAAAAAAGUCCUUAUCUCAAUCGUGCUUCUUCUAGUUGUUAGACUAGACUUUAUGUUUGCAAAGUGUACGCAUAUUUUCCUGAACAAAACAUAUUGAAAAGUAGAUACUAGUCUUGAGCCUGCAGCUGUUUGUAUUGUGUUUCAGAUAUAUUCCUGUUUAUGUUUUGUUUAUCGUAGUGUAGAGACACAGGGUCUACAGUACAUUGUUGUCCUUCUUGCAGUAAGUUUAAUUCAUUGUUAUACUUCUUUAUUUCGGAGUUCCUUCUGCUUUUUUCUGGUGGUCAUAGUGGUGUUGUUUAUACAUACAUAGCUUCGCGCGACUGAAUAAAGAAUAGUCGGUUAUUUUUCACAGUGUAUUAUAUAUAUGCAUAUACGCUUUGCAUUUAGUUGAAAACAAGGAAAUGGAAGAUAGUAAUGGUGAGGGUGAUACUGAGUAAGGAACAGGUUCAUUUUAUUCUGAUAAGCAUGUGUCUGUCUUCCUGUUUGUCUUUAAGUCUGUCUCCACACAUUUUAAGUCAGAUUUCUUUUAUUUAGGCGCGAAUAAAGUCACAAAAGUAGAAAACACAUGAACGCAUUCAUAUAAUACUUAACAGCUUUUUUAUUCUUUUCGUUGCUUUUUUUGUCCUUCUACAGUACACAUAAGAAUGAAAUAGAUAACUUCUUACAAAUAAACUAUAUAUAUUUUAAGUAUCACCAUCUCCACACAGAUAAAGAAUACAUUUUCAGAUAGUUUGAUAAAAUUGCAGCUAGAAUAUACAAUACCUUGUGUGAUAUAGGGAGUACGCCUAUCAAGUGCCUAUCAGUACAUACAGCAACUAUACAGAAUAUUCAUAGUUUUUCUCUCCUACGUUGCACAAAUACAGAAUAUACACAGUGGACUAAUGAAAAAUAGACUAUUUAUACUAUUACUGCUAAAAACCUGGUGGUUGUGAGUGCAUAAGAGAACCCUUUAAAUACCUGAAAUGUUCUAUUCAUAUACAGUAAAGACUACAUCAGCUAGUUUUAUUUUUUAAACGUACAUGUAUACAGUUUGGAGGAUGAAAAGAUUUAAAAUGCAAUCGCGCACGCCUUUGAUUGGUUGGUUUAGAUGGCAGUUGGAAAUUAAAAUAUGAAAUCCUAAUACUGGAUAGCCAUUUUGUUUUCCUGUCACAUUGCUCUCUGUCAUAGAUGAGGCUUUUUUUUUUUUUUUUUUUUUCAGUUUUUCACAUUUGCAAACAAGCCAUAUACUGUACUGUACUGUAUGUUUGGGGAGAAAGGGCAGUGGCAUUUUGUGAACAGCAGGGGGAGCCACACAUCAGCCAGAAGAGGUGAAGUUUAAACGAACAAAAAAAACCAAGUUGAAUCGUUGAAUAUUUUUGAUUCUCUUUGUUGGUCAUUAUGGCCGUUGCAUUUUUCAUAUUACAAUAACAUCUAUGGGAAUGCCAGUAGUUGCCUCCUCUGAGAUUACAUGAAUGAAAUGGUUUGCAGUCUGUAGGAUCUGAAAGCUGCUUUAAGGUUCCUAGUUGGCUCCAAAGUACACUGUGUGCAAAUCACACCAGGCGUGCUUUGACCUUGAUGGCAGGCCCGUCCAAAUGCAAGCCAAUGCCCAAUUUCCCCACAAUGAUCAUUAAAGUUUUAUCUUAUCUUACAGCCUUGUUAUUUAUGUGCAGCUUGGAAUCGUAAAGGGCAAGCAACGAGCAAUGUGGUUAAAAAAAAAGAGAAAAGAAAAUGGUUAUUAAACAUUAGACUGGCCGGUUUUUAUCACCGCAAUUUGGAAAUAAAAAAUGAGAUGCCAAAUUGAAAGUUUUGGCUACAGAUAAACAGCUCUUCCCUGAACAGCAGUCUUUAGGUGCUUGGAUGAACAAAAACUAAGAGAAAAAUACGGCAGAAUGAAAAACCACAAAUCAAGUUUCAGGACCGAGUGGCUCUGAGAUAAAAGGUUUUGUGAUGGCUUAUUAUUUUGUCCCCUGUGGACUAAUUACCACAGUUUUCUCUCUAACCUUCUCCAUCCUAGUUACGGUGCCAAAUUUGGGGAGGAUGAGGGGAGACUUUAAAUUCUAAGAGUAAGAGGGAAGCAGACAAAUAUAAAGAAGAAAAAAAAAACUUCAUUUUUUUCUUAAAUGCGAAACAUUUUAUAACAUUAAAUGCAGCAUGCCAAAAGAAAGUGAUUGCCUUUAUUUUGAAUCUUUGAAUCCUCCAUAAUGCAUAGUUUUCAAUUAAAUUAGGAGAAAACAGCUAUGAUUAACAAAUAUACACUUAGUUUCAUAGACAUUUACUGUUAAAACGAAGCAUCACAAAUAUAGGCAAUGUGAUAUAGCUAGUCCCUGUCAUUCAACCAUCACACUAUGACAUCCUCAGAAACAGCAUCCGUUGUGUUUGAAAUUUAAGGGUUUUACAGACAUAAUGAAGCAGCUGUUCAGAUUUUCAAGUAGACACAGCUAUACUAAGCUAUUACAAUAUCUAGAUUAUAUUUACUAUUCUCCGAACAUGCAGUUAUUACUCUACCCCAGAUGUGUUGUUUUAAAAAUAAAACACCAUCUUCAGGUAACUACCAUCGAACAGUCCAAAUAAAGCAUGCAGUCCUGUCUACACAGCUUUUUUGUUUUUUUUCAGUGGGGGAGUACUUUGUUAUCGAGUCCCUCGAUAACACGCAUUCAGUAUCUUUUCUUUAUCACACUGAUGAGGGGACUUGGACUCUGAAGAAUAAACACUGAGCCUCUUUGUAUUCUCAGUCACUCUAGUCUUUUUGGCUUAGUUCAGCUGGAUGAGACGAUUAGGUUAAAAAGUGUGCAGCAGCGUUAACUAAAAACAUGCAUUCCUGUUCAAGAGCAGCACAUUCCAACUCAAACCAAACAUUAAGGAGAAUUCCCAGCACUUAAUCGUUUUUACAAAUCCGCCGACCGUGUGGUAGCAAACUUGCUUAUCACAAGUUUAGCAAAAAUUUACAUUUCCCUAAAAAUGAUCCCAUUUCAUUUAUUUAUUUCUUAAAAAAAUUUUUUAGAUCUCAUCUCGACAUUUAUUUCAAACUUUGCCAUGAGAUCACAAACCCUUAUAAGCUCUGACCACAGCUAACGCUUGUGCGGACUGGUUUUAUAGACAACAUAUACACUAUGCUAUCGUUCUGCCUCUCUCUCUGUGUAGGUCACUCUUUAAUAGUGCAGAGACAUUAAAAAAAAAAGGAAAAAAAGUCGAGGUUCCUUGCCGUGAUGUUGGCCGUGGUCUCGGCCAGCUCGUGGUCUGCCAUCACUGAAGACUUAGAUGAAAAAUUUCAGCACUGUAUCUUCAUAAAAUGGGCAGGUAGGGGUAAUUAGCAAAACGGGGCCAUGGUAAUCAUUAGAAGUUAAAUAAAACAAACAAACCAAAGAAAAGGUUAGGACAAUUUUAAGUUUUUGAAGAAAUUAAUAUUUCUUUAUAAUGUGUGUGGGGUUCCUACAAUUGGGCUAGAUUGCCACCGUUAUUAUUAUUAUUACUAUUAUUAAUAUUAAUAUUAAUAUGAUUGAUUUUCUUUGUUUUUAAUCUCAUGGCAGGGUGCUUGUGAAAAUGCAUAUACGUUAUGUCACUUGUUUAUAGUUUUGUGGUUGUGUUAAUUUGCCUAUUGUAGACCAAAAUAGAUUUUCUUUUUUUAAAAAUAAGAAAUGCAACAAAACAUAAAAAUGAAUCUGACACAAUAGCUGUGAUGUAAACUAUUGCAUGUUAAAACAUGUAUAAGAUUGUAAAUGUUGCAUUGUUCCUCUGGCAAAACAUAAUAAUCAUUGGUUACGUCUUCUAUACACACAUUUAGCAAAUCAGUGUACACCUUUUCACCUUCACAUUGGAUUGUGUUUAAUAUAUUUAAGGCUGUCCCUAGUAACUAAUCUGACAUUGUAACUUAAGAGUACAUUCAGCCAUUUAUACUUGAGAUGGACCAAGAUGUUAAGUUUGCACAUAUUUGUAAGUUGUUUAUUAAGCCAAAAAAAAAAAAUGGAAAAAAAAAAUUAUACACAACUUUAAGUCUCAGCAACUCAAAUCUAGUUUAGGUGCUUGUCACCUAUUAACAAAUCGACCUUAAUGUUCGCUGAAAGAAAGGCUACAAAGCCAGCUGUCACUGCGCAACAAAAGUAAAUUCAAACCAAACUGUAAGAUGGAUUUCAACAUCGCGAUGUGAUUAGGUAUUAUUUAUCAAAGUGAUUCAAAAAAAGAGGGGAAAAAAGAGUAUAUUUUUGUAAUAGCAAAUGUAAAUCAUUUGGCAACAAUUAGUUUUAUAACUAUGAGGUCCAAAUCUGGGUAAAAUCUGCUGUAUUUGUUCAUCCUGUGUAUUCAAAAUAGGAAAUUGAAUUACUGUAAUUCAGGCAGGGUUUUUUUUUUUUUUUAAAUCAAAACCUGGGCCGAAAAUAUUAACAUUUAAAAUCCAAAAUUACACGCACCCUUUUUAAAAAGCAGCUUAGGUUUGAUUUUGAUUUUUCUUCUUCCAUCGUGCUUUCAGGCUUUUUGCUGUCAUAUCAUGUACCUAGAUGCUUUUGUAAACAUGCACAUGAGUUGAAAUUUGAGAUGUGGUUAUAAAUAUGUGUAUAUUUUGUCAGGCUUUUUUUUUUUUUUUUUUUUUUGCCUAUGUUAGCUUUUGAUUUUACUAUUUCCCUUCAUAAAAAAAAGAAAAAAAAUGACAUCUCUUAUAUAGUUAUGAACUUGGCAGAAGUGGAGCUGUUGUAGUAAAGUUAGUUAACAUCACAACUAAGCAACCCUGAAAUAUAUGCUGCAGUAAUGUGUUCAGUUUGUUUUUGAUAAUUUAUGCUCCAAGUUGGUUUGUAUGUUGUUAUUAUUGUUGUUAUGAAACAAGCUUGUAUGAAAUGUAUUGACUGCUGUUUUGAAAUAGGGGAUAAAGUUUUUUUUCUUUUUUCUUUUUUUUUAAAUGUAUGUGCAAGGAUGUUUUUAUAAUAUGAUUUGUCAAACACUGGACUGGAGUGAGUUUUCCAACAUUUCCAAGUUGAGAGAUGUAUUUGACAGACAUAACUGCACAGGCAACACCCGUUAGCACCGAUGUGAGCUGACAGACAAAGCACACCCUCCCCCCGCUGUACACGGGAGGGUGAGUAACAUGGCCGCCAUCCUCCCGAUCAAAAUAGGAGUUAUUUGGAUAUAAGGAGUUACCAUAUUUCCUUUUGUGCUGGUUAAUUGCAUUCAGUAGGUGAUGGGUUAUAUAUAAAUAUAUAUAUAUAUAUUUAAUAGGAACUAUUUAUUAGGGAUGUCCUUCAAAAUUGUUGUUAUGGCAUAGACUGGUGACAGAUUUGUCUUUCUUUUCUGGAAAAGAAAAUUCAUAAAGGGAUACCACUUCACAGCUAAGUAGUUGUCAGAAUCACCCGAUAUGUAGAGCAGAUUUAACAGUUGCCUCUCAUUACACCUACCACCACUUCUCAAACCAGAUAAGAGAUUUGCACUAGACUGAUUUUGGUCUUAUUCUAUCAAAAGCAAUAUAAUUCACACGACACAUAUUUGAACCAUAGUAUGGGACGCUUGUCCCCACCAUGGGAAUGCUGAGUAAAUGGUGAUAUUUGACGUGUUUUACUUUGUUUUUUUUUGUAUUCAAAGGUACAGAAUUGGUUUUUUAAAUGCACAUGACAUCCAUAUAUUGCUGUUUGUAGCAGGGUUCUGUUUUUUCUCCCCUCGCCCCUUUUUCCUUCUUCUUCUUCUCCUUUUUUUUAUGUUAAAUUUACCCAGCAGUACCCUGAAUAUUAGUGUCCAGAUUUGAGGGGCAUUAAAACUGUUGUUUCCUCCUGUGAUUGUUUUGGACAAAUCAAGCAGCUCUUACAGAUCCGAAGUGAGAGUAGGGAUGUUAUGAGGGAUGGAAUCGUUCACCACGAGUCAGUCGUCUUCAUCACACAGCCAACAUGUUUAGAAAUAAACACAAAUGCCAAAAGAGAAACCCAGCUGUCCACCGUCGUGCACACCUUUCCCUUAAAAACUUUGAGUGAUAUUUUUCUGGGAUGUUACAGAAAAAAAAAAAAUGCUUUAAAACGAAACAAUAAUGAAAAAACGAAAAUCCAAAAUGCAUCUCUUUUUUUUCUUUUUUGUUCUUCUUUUCGUCAAUGAACGCACCAUCAUUGGCUGCUUAUGUAGAGAAGCCACCAAAAUGUAUCAUACGUCAUUUUCAAUUAGUGUCAUUUACCGACAGCAUUAGCGAUCGGCCCGAACGUCACUAUAUUUUUCUGAUAAAUAAGUGUAAAUUUUUCAAAAAUUCACAAAGAGCAAAACGUCACCAUUUUAUCUGGAUGUAGUAGCUUUCCUGUUUUCACCGCUUUGUGGUGUUGUUGAAAGAUGUUGCGGUUUGUCUAAAUUUGUUGCGUGUUAGAGGAAGCAUAAGUAUGUGCCUUCUUGUAAUCUCCUUGGUGAGCUUGUUAUUAUUGAGAAGCUGAAGCCAGCCAAUUGUGUUUGCACUAAAACCAAAUUGCUUUUUGUGAUGUAGACUAUUUAAGCAAGCUUGUUGCGUCACUUUAACCGUACAGUAUGCAUGAGGGUGAAAUUGGUAAGUCUAGGGCUAGAGCUCUCAUCUGUUGACCUGUAAACCAGUGCAGCUUAGAGGAUCUUGUGAAUAUAUCUUGGCUUAGUUUCGCAUUUAGUUUUCAAAUUCCAUCUCCUUACUCAUCCAGUUUUUCACAACAGUUAAAGGUAAAACGAAACAAAAACAGAAAAAACAACACAAAAAAAAUAUCAAAUAACACAUACCAUUGUACCGAUACAAUACAGCUUUUACUUUCACAUGCCACAGUUAGAGUUACACAACUGCAGAAGAGAUAUUCAUUUUUCUGAAUCCAUGGGAACGCAUGAGUAUACGAGGUCGCCUCGAGACUAUUGGUCAAAUUCAUUUAGGUCGUUUUUGAAGACUUGUAUUUAUUACAUAUUUCGUUGACAUCUAAGAAAGGCCUACAUCAUGCUUUUGAGUCUUACAAAUGCACCUUAUUCAUGUCAGUCCAUGUGGGGUAAAAAAGGAAAAAAAAAAAAGGCUGGCAGUGUAAUAUCUCUGAUUUUAGCACCUUACUACACAGCAUGUUUUCACUUUAUGCCAGUUUAACUAUUCUUCCAUAUGUAUGAUUUCAAAAAUAAAUCUCAUUCUUUGUGAAAUUGUUUCAUGGGAUGUGCCAAAGUUUGGAGGCGAUCUCCCAAGUGUUUAUGCUUAUCAUAUUUUUUUCUCUCCUCCUCCUCCAGUUAUAGCAAGGGUAUGUCAGAACUUUCCUAUAACAGUGUGUGGAAUCAAUUUAUCUCAGCAAACAGUAUCAUUACUUGCCAUUUUACAAUAAGCCCUGUAUUUCACAUAUAUUUACCAGUGAUGUG